CCAACGGCCAACGCACUGAAUUACGAGCUACGAAUUCUUAGAUGACAUUAUUGAUCACUGAUGGUCGUGAAUGAUAAUAACCAUCUUCGUUCCUCACUUGUAAUCGAAAUUGCAAUCGCAGCGGAGUUACUACAAUUUGCUUGGUUAUAACCUGAGGUUCACAGGAUGGUUGUGCAUCAAGCAUGUGAAGAGUAUGGUUGUAAAGACUAUGUGGACUUCAAAGGCAUGUCAUUUCGGACACUGAGGAAAAUAGCCAUCAUAUUUUCUGGCAGUGACUUUGGCUUUUGGCGGAAAUGACAGAGAAGUUUUGCGGAUUGUAGAGUAACAGUCCAUAGCAAACAGGGAAACACAUAGCUUUUACUUACAGCCUUUUGACCCUUUGGGUCCCACGGGCUUGAUCUAUUUACCAUUUACCAUUUACAUGAAGUCGACUUGCAUUGGGGAAGAAAAAGCAUGAUGGAAUCUGAAGCAUGGGUAGGAUACAUAACCUGGUCUAACUUUGAUUACGUCACCUUAUUCGAACGAAAGGGUACAAUUUCACCGCACGGCUUACUUGAACAGCCAACGAUUGAUCAAAAUACUAGAAGUGAAAUGCAUGCUCGUAGUUAAAAUUUGGACUGUGAGUGGCCUCUUACACUUCCAGUUGGCUCUCACAGUAAGAUCUAAUGCACUUCUUCCGCAGGAAGACGAAUUAAAUGGACGAGGAAAUGCGCGAAUGUACGAAAACGCUUUCCUCGGAGUGUAGAAAGCCUAGACAUAAUAAUCUGACAAUUAUCUGGUCAGUUCAAAUCAAUCUACCAGUAGUAUCGCACAAGAGGGCAGCAUAAUUUGUUCGGCUGUUUGAUCAAGUAGUACGAGUCUGAAAAGUCAGCAUCGCGUUUUAGCAUUUAGUGUUUCCUCGGUUUGUCGGCAAUCCAAGACUCUCAUAUUUCUAGAUCCGACCUCAUUGAUUACAUCAACCAUAGGGUUCUUGUCCUGCUAGAUUGGGCCUUCGUCACCCUGUUUUGUACUGUUUUUGGGUGUGCUACCUGUGGCCUGUUAUUUAUGCUAGAGGUCAGGUAUUAAAACUGAGUGAUGGAUCGUGUAAGAAGAAAACGGAAGACCUGCUGGAUGGUUGUUGGGAUAUAAACUUUUAUACUGAUUGUUGAUGAGAUAGCACUAUCUGGUGCUAGAUUUUAGUGGUGAGGCUGUCGAGUACUGACCGACGAAUUCUGUGAGAACCAGACCUAGCACAAUCUGCUCGUUGGUGUGACUUAAGUAGUGAAACUGCGGAAUUCCGAGUGACUGACAAAUCACAAUUCUCUGUGUGAUAAAUAAUGAAACGACCGAGUUCUGAUUGAUGAGUCAUUUGAGAAUCAGGAAGUGCAAGUGUUGUAGGCCAUUGGCCGUUGCAUGAAUGAGCGAGUAAUGAUUUGAUGCAUCGCAUGGAAAGCAGACAACACAAUCUGGAGGGUAAUUCCAAUUUAUUAACUUGUGCAUCCCAUGAGAAGGAGGAGUCUGCACAAUGUGCUAGUUGGUGUGAAUUAAAUGAUGAAACUACCGAGAUCCGUGUGGGGUUUCAGGCGAGAGGUAUGCAUAACAAAUUCAAUGCAUCCUGUAAUAUGCUGGAUAUAUAGUCUUACCUUCUCUAGUUGUGUCGCCACAUUGAGUACUGAGUGAUUCAUCUCAUGAGAAUCAGACUUAACACAAUGGUUGCCCAUUGUGACAUAGCUGUUUGCCUGAAACGACAGAUGUAAUGCAUGUAAAGCAAUUAUACACAUUCUAGAAAUCGAGUUUCCAGUAUACAACUCAUGAUGUGCUUUAACAAAAAAUUGUGCAGUUAUGCCAGUAACAAUGUAACACCGUGACAAGUAGUUCCUUACCACAUAUCACAAUUGGUUUCGGUUGCGUCGUGUGACAUAGCUGGUAACAUGUAACCACAGAGGAGUGAUUCAGAAGCAUGAUAUAACACACUCUGCAACUGGUUUGACAUGUGUGGAUGCUUGAAAUGACUGAGUAAUGAUUGAUGCGUCUUAUUAGCAGACAUAGAAGAACGUGGUACACCACAUUGUUCUGUGUCUAUGUCUGUCUGUGGUGACAUAGGUGGUCGUACAGAACGUUGAGUAGUAAUUGAUGCAACGUGGGUGAUCACUUUUGACGAUCGUUUGUGUGACCAAUGAGAUCAUGUGGUUAAUCGGAACCAGAUCCAUGAAUCAUCUCAUGCUGAUUUCUUCUACUGAAGAAGUGCUAAAUGCAUGUCGAUGUCAUUCUUUAGUAGGCGGCAUGUAUCGAGCUGAACUUUCAAUUCUGUAAGUUUCGUGUGCAGUUUUAUUAGUGGACAUUUUCAACAAAUGGGUCAUUAAGUUCCCUCUUAUAAAGUUUUAGCAGGGAGCUUGGUGAGACAUUCUACUCAUGCGGUUAACUGUGGUUACCCGGGAUGGAGAGAGAAACUUCAUCAUAGAAUAGAUGAUGUUCAACCGUAGCAGCAAGGGGAGGAUCAAGUCCGUGUAAACCAUAAGGCAGAACCAGUUGUCUAAUUAAUGAGCCUGGUUUCCGAAAAAUCUCUGAAGGAUGAGGAGUUGGUGCUCCUCAUCCUAUUUCGUCGUGAAAGGUUUCCAAUCUUGAUCGACUAUACACCGAAUUUUGUUCCAAACUUUUGUAAUUAUACAAGAAAUGUGAAAAAGCUCAAUUUGUACUUUGUGUUUCUCACUUAUUAACGCGAAGGCGUACGGAUACAGGAAAACAUCAACUGAAAUACGGAAUAGUUUGGCAGAAGUACAGCACGGUAAGAUGGUAACAGGUAACGAACAUAUUGGCAGGUACAAAUGACCAGACCAACUGAACGAGUCAGCUUUCCCAGAGUUUGCGCUGUAUAACUCUAGAGAAGGUCGAAAUGGGCACGAAGGGUAUGGUUGUGUUUGCUAGAUGUUCUGUACCCUGGAUAGGUGCUCGUCAAGUGUGUUCUCUCCCGUUGCGUAUUAUUCUGGUUCUGUCUAAGUUGUUUCCUGGCUGGAAGUCUUCUCGGGGCCAUCGGAUAGAGGCAUCGGACAAUGCGAACCAACGAUCAUCGCCAAGGAAUGAAGAGAGAUAUAAGAACUUACCGGAUCGUCUGGCGACAUUUAACGAUGACCACUUCAACCUCAAGUAGUUAUGAAAGAGCUCGAGCACGUAAAAGAGUAGAAGCUAAUCGUAGGAGGUAUUUUGGACGUCGAAGUAGCAAUGGAGGUGGAGGCAGCUGUAGCAGCAGCGAAGAAGAAGAAAGAGGUGAAAGUAGUGCUCGAGAUUGUCGGAAGGAUGGGGGAAAGGAGUAUCGAAGAGCUUCUCACGGGGAAAGGCGUAGGAGCAGUAGUCGUGACAAGAGUAAGAGAAGGAAGAGGAGUCCGAGUCCAAGUCGACCUGAAAGAAAGAAAAUUAGAUGCAGAAGUGACAGUGACAGUCCACAUUCACAUUCGCGGAACAAAACUAGUCAUUUUCACGGUCACAGCCAGUGUAAGUACAGUUCUUUCCACAAACGUCACUGGCACAGAUCUGGAGGCAGUAGACAUAAUAAGUGUUGCUGUUUUUCUUACUACUAUUCAGAAAGGGAGAACAGGGUCUGUUCCAAGAGGAAAGAAAGGGAUAGCAUCUCCCCAGUACGCUCUGAAGGAGUAAGACAUCACCACUCUCGAUCAAGGGAGUCGGUUUUUCACGGUUCUAAUAGCAAGUCUCCACGGACUUCGAAGGUUAGGACGCAAACAAGUUGUGAUGUAAACUAUUAUCAGGAAGAUGCCUAUCUGCGGGCUGAUUCAGACAGUCCACGGAAAGGUAGCUAUCUUGGCAACAGUGCGCUGAUAGGCAAGCUUCUCAGUAAAGAAGAAGCUCAAAUGAAACGCACAACGAAGUCGUGGGAUGACAGAUGUCGAAGAAACCCUGUACUUUCGUUACAGCAGCCAGAUCCCGAUUUGAAAGAGGAACGUAAGUCCAGUGUUGGACUAACUGACGAACUUCUUGAUCGACAUGGAGACUGGCUGAAGCCAAGCCCUCAUGCAUAUUACAAGAAAGAUCAACUACUUACACCGGGUAUUUUUGCAACUGAUGAAAAUGAUUGGCUCGAUCUUUCGUUGAAAGCUCCAGCUAAACCUACACCGAAAAUCGAGGGAAUCAGUCGAGAAGACCUUAGUUUGUGUUUCAACUCAUCCGUGAUGCCUGCGCCAACUGUUGCCGGUGCUCUCAAGGAUGCUGAAUUGGAAGGACAUAGUGACGUUAAGGCCAUGUUGACUUCAAGCUACAAAGAAGGUUUUGAAGCCAGUUUGCGUAGUACUUCUUCAUUUUGUUCAGUCCAAGCAGAUGUGCCGAUGUUGAACAUGUCUGGAAGAAGAAACCUUUUCGAUGUCGACAGAUCGGGUGAUACUACGAUGCAGGUGGAUGCCACUUUUAGUUUAAAUAACACCAAGAUACCGCCUCCUUUACACCGGGACCGUAUUAUGAAUACCUUUGUGUCUCCUCUAGAGAGUGGGUCCAGGACGAAGGAAGAGAGGUGCUUAGACCUUCUUAAUCAGCUCAUUUCUCUGAGUAGAGGGGAUGAAGAGACGGUGGUUAGCGUUGAUACUAAUAAUACAGUGAGUGGCUCUUUCACUGAACAACUUGCCGUUACUGCUUCUGAUAAUCAUGAACAACAUACAGACAAAAUUAUCAACGUUUCCACAGGUGCAGGAAUGUGUGUUAGUGUGAUAGAAAUUUCGAAUUCGACAUCGACCGAGCAAAUUGAUGUAGAAAGAGCGGAGCCGUCUGGAUACAAGGAAGUCAACUCCAUAGAUUGUUUUACCUCGGUGAAGGAGAAAGAGGAGGUUCUUGUUAAGCAAGAUAUACCAGCCGCCUCAAUAGAACCAUAUCCACAGUCUCAAUCACCCAGUCCAAUAAAAUCUCAGAAAACUUCUUUACGUUUACCUCUUAAGCACUUAGUAGUAGAACUUUCAGACUCCACAACGAAUUUGGAAGAUGAUGAAGAACGGGAGAUCGAGGUACAGUCGCAGCCUGCUUCGUCAUUACCUGUCUCUCAGUUGAAUGAAUUUUCAGGUAGCCCUGACCAAUGUCUGAGUCCAGAUUUGAGGGAUCUAUCACCAGUACAAACAGUAUCCUCUCAUCGUACUUCUGUUCCUGUGUUUUCUAAUGCAGCAGCAGAAGGAACUGACAAAGACCGGGUUCUCGAUUUAAGUGACUUAGAUCAUGCCACUGAUCUGUUCAUUGAAAAGGUCCACUCUUUAUUUAUCCACGGUAGACCUCAUUCACCGUCCAUGCCUGCCAGUUUUAACCACUGUCCAUCACCAAAGAAGAGUAUCUGUCAGCAACCUGAAAAUAAGCACAAGAGUUUAACAGACGAAUGUCCGGUUUCCAGACCCAAGACUCUUGAGAUAGUCGAGCUAUCAGAGUCGUCACCAUCCUCAUCUUCCUCAUCAGAGUCUGACAGUGACAUAGAAGUAGCGUUAAGGACCAAACGGGCAGGUUUCAUACCGGAGAGAAAAUUUAAGUCUCUCGAACGAGAUGGGAAUACUCAUGACUCUGCAGAUAUCGCGCACGAUCAUUCAAUUCAGUAUCUGAAUGAAGAUGUCGUGUGCUGCUCUACCAAACCUCCUCUUAGGAGAGGUAAGGGUUCCUAUGGAGGAGACCAGCCGAGUCGAGUCACUUAUAUCCGCGACAAGCAUGGCAACCUUAUACAAGUUGUAGAGGUGGGCGACUCUGACAAUGACAACGAUUGUGAAGAGCCGGACACCAAGUCAUGUGCGGGAGACAAGAAUGAUGAGUCCUUCAGUAGUCACCCUGAAGUUCUACCUGUUAUUCAAGAGAUCAAGGAAAUGUUACAGGGAAGCGCUUCUUACAGCGACAAGUCAAGUGAACAUGAUGAUCUCUCAGGACCAAAUUCUCAUCCUGUUCUGAAGGUGAGGCCAUCGGGACGUAUUCAGAUUCGUUCUCGAGAGCCCUCUCAACGAUUAAGAUCACGGAAGUUGGUAUUGGAAGGAAGUGAGUCACAGGAAAGUGAUGAAGAUACAGAAGCCACCGGAAGAACUUCGGCUGUAAGUUCCACGGGCGGUUUUAAGCAUCGGGAGAAGUGGAAGAGAGGCAUUGUGUGUGAUCUUUGCAGUGGAGGACCAUCCCUUGCGCUUGGAGAAUGGUAUUGCUGGUGUUGUGGUACUCCUGCAACAAAAUGCCAAUGUCCAGAAGAUAAAAAAGUGAGGAAACAGUUGUCCCUAGGUUACCGGAAAGGGCAGAAGCAGAAGAAGAGAGGUAGGCAAAUCCUGGAUUAUCAGUGGAGUGGCAAGGUGCACAGAAUGUGUGCUCUGUGGUCUUCCGAGGUGUACGUCAAAUCCAGUCCAAAGAAAGAGCCCCACUUUGCUCAGCUCGACACCGCAGUGAAGCGUGGGAAUACAUUGGUUUGUAAACACCCAGACUGCAAGAAAACUGGUGCAACACUGGGCUGUCGAGUUAGAGCUUGCAGACGAAGUUUCCACUAUCCUUGCGCGGAAAAACUAGCCAACCAGUGCAUGGUGCGGAUGUGGGAUGGUGCUCUUGUACCUGUUGCUUGUCAAUAUCAUCGGCAUAUCGAGGAACAAGCAGAAAGGGCCAAAGAAAAAUCUCUAAGAUCAAAGAUUACAGACCCUGUCAGAGAGGGUAAGAUGGUAGUUGCUGCAGAACGACCGUAUAUAGGAGUCAAGCUUCUUUGUGAAGAUAUCGCGGAAGGCCAGGAGCAAGUUCAAAUCCCCUGUACAAAUGAUGUGGACGAUGAUCCUGCUCCCAUUAUUCGAUAUAUAACGAAGUGCUGGUUCAAAGGUCGCCCAGUAGAUCACUUGCACCCUGUGGGCACAGAACUGGCGAAGGGCUGUUAUGGUUGCUAUGGACCCAACUUUGAUAACCCUCAUAGCCUUAUGCCUCCCCAUGUCAUGGGCGCAGACAAAGCAAACAGGUCUCGUGAAAGUGAUAACCGUCUUGACUGGCAAGGAGAGCGUAUGUAUGGUCGUCUUCCUUACAAUGCUGCUGGUCUCUUGCAGUUGGGACCAGAUUCAAAGGACAUUAUUGAGUGCAACAGCAGGUGUAAGUGUGGACACAAGUGCAAAAAUCGUGAGCUUCAAAAAGGCCUGCGAUGCUCUCUUGAGCUUUUCAAGACAAAGGAUCGGGGUUGGGGAGUUAGAGCGCUGGAGCAAAUUCCUCGGGGAAAGUUUGUGGUGGAAUAUGUUGGGGAUGUUCUAACACAAGCAGAAGCAGAUGAGCGAGGCGAGAAGUAUGAUCAAAAUCAACUUAGUUACCUCUUUAAUCUGGACCAUCCUGGAGUGGAACACAGUGAUGCUAUAGUUUUAGACGGCAUCAACAUGUCGAACAUUGCGAGAUUUAUCAAUCACAGUUGUGAAGGAAAUUUGAUGAUCUUCAGAGUUUUCUCGGAGACGACCGAUUUGCGCUACUUUCGCAUUGGGAUGUACGCUAUACAAGACAUUGAGGUUGGAGACGAGCUUUCGUACGACUACAACUACGCAUCUUCAAAAGACUCCAGCGAAUUAGUGGAUGAUCCGACCGCAAUUCGCUGUUUUUGUGGUGCCCUGUCAUGUCGCAAAUGGCUGUGGCAGGGUGCUGACAGCGGACUAAAACAUUGAAAAAAUCAACAUUUUUUGCGCGAGACCUACUUAGGAAGUAAAUAAAUUUUGUCACACUUCUAUGAUUUAGGACGCAGAUGAGGAAUUGUACCAUUAUUUUCGGGAAAACGUUUUACAGGGUUGAGGGUCGAGAAUUAGGUAGUGGACAUUCCGUAAUUAGGGAAACGAGACACUGAAAAGUCUUCAACUCACUUCCUUGCCGUGGAACAAUUUUGAGCUGGUUAGCUACAAAUGUUCUUCAAGACGAUUGUAAAUUAAGAUACUCUGCGUUCGUUAAAGAUAUCAAAUGUGCAUAUCCUUUUCAUUUGAUCACUAAUUCAGCUUGCAGAUU